UUUUGACACUUUGACGCGUGGAAGGUGAAAAUUCGCGGUCUACGUGGUUUUUCCGAUUCGAAGAAUAAAUAAAAAUAAAUCUACAACUCCAUCCUUACGUAAUUUGAACUAAUUUAAACUUUACUAGAUACUUGGAUUAGUGCUACAGUGUCAACAAUUAAUGUUUUAUGUUGUUUUAAUUACUUUUCACUACAAAAAAAACUUUUAAUAUGUUACCAAUAAAAAAAGAACAUAUGCAAUAUUUACAUUCUUGUAAUAUUACCGUCAGGGAAUUUAAGCCGGAAAUGUCUCAGCCACGUAAAGUAAUCCACCUACCAAAGCUCAGGAUGGUCCGUGGCCGAGCCAGCGGGAUCCGCAUCACCAAUGUGCAGACAGUCAAGCCUCCGGACCCUGAACUGGUCAAACAGCAGGAGGAGAGCAGGCUUCGGGCUCAGUUGCAAAAGGAAAUUGUAUCUCGGUCGCGCACCUGCAGUAACAAGAGCUACGAGUGUUAUCUGCCGGUCGUCACAGGCCGCCAGUAUUGUGCUAGACAUAUUUUACAGGACCCCACGGCACCAUACAAGCAGUGCGCGCACAGCGGCUGCCCGCACCCCGCGCCCGCGCCGCCCGCCGCCGGCGCCGAGCCCAGAGACCACCGGGACCAGGGGCUGUGCUACCAACACGCGCGCGCGGCGGCGGCGGUGCGCGCGCGCAGCUCGGCGCCGCCCCCGCCCGUCUCCACGACUGAAACCUUGCUGCACCAGCUCACACACUAUGUCAGGAACGAGCGAACGAGAACGACAUCGUGCGCAUCAGCUGUCUCUGUCGUGAGCGAGCCUGAGGUGGACACUACCGCGCCGGAGGCUGCGGAUCCUUUCAAGCAAAUCGACGCAACAGCAGUAAACGCGUCAUACUCCACCGCCAUAAUGGAGUGUUGUAGCGCGAGCGACAGCGACGCCGACAGCCUCGCCGCCGGCCCUGAGUACGAAGACGCCGUGUCAGACUACGAGGAUAGCACUGUAGAGGACGGCCCGCUAUGGCGAGCGGGCGUGUACACAGCUGAAGAGGCAGUAUCCGAAGCUAAAAACGCCUUAGUAUCGCUACAGAGCGCCUACAUCCGCCAGAUGUCGCAUUUGCGGUGCCUACUGCAAACUGCCAGGCUUAAAUAUCUACGGGAGCUCAAGGCAGAGAAAGAAUUAUACUGCAGCAUUAACGCGCAGGCCCGCAGCGGGCCGCUGACCGUCCGCGAGCGUCGGCAACUGCGCAAGCUGAAAUGCUACGCGGGGUACCACAGGAAACAUGGCCACGACGCCGUGCUCGCUAGGAAACUGCAGAGGAAGCGGGCCAAGGUAAACUUGGUAGCCAACCGUCCCGUGCCGUCGCACGCUCGCUGCACGUUCGCCGAGGGCAGCGCGCGCUGCGCCAACAACGUGGUGCCGGCCGCCAAGCACUGCCUCAAGCACAUCAUGAACGACCGCCAUCAGGUGCUGUUCACGGCGUGCGGCGACGUGCGCGGGCUGAGCGCGUGCGCGGAGCCGGUGGCGCGGCUCCCCCUCCCGUCGGCCGCGUGCCGCCACCACACCAUGCCGCCCACCUACACUGUGUUCACGCUCAAGAAAGACGAGUCCGACAGCGACGACUCGCGCUCGUCGGGCGCGUGACCCUCGGGCUCCGGGCUCGCGCCGCCCGGCGGGCCCCCGGGCUCCGAUACCGACUGAAACUAUGAAUCUAUACGCAGCGACGACCUUUACCACUGCGAGACCCUUGUCUUUCGUGCUGCCAGGCGUGGCUCACUCCGAGUGAUAUCGUCGCGUCGCUACAAGUACAUGCGGCCCACACCAAUUUUGGUGUCUAGCAGUAGUAGUUGCCGCGCACCGCUACGGAACGGACGCCUGCUCGCGCUUGCGCCACCUAGCGGUCAUAUCUGUCAUAUAUGUGGUUUUGUUAGAGAGUGAACCUUCUGUACUUAGUAAUAGGUAUUAUUUAUUCUGUGGCUAAGUACAAAACGAGAUCCAAGUUUGGUUCUCCAUCAUCUUUGAAAAGUUGUUUUCUCAAUAAGGUCUUGUCAUAAGAUAAAAUUUGCAUUUGUACACCAUGAGAAACAGUAUUAUUAUGAAUACCAAAACUGCAGAAUUUUUUGUCAAUUAGAAUGUAAUUAAUUAUUGUAAAUGUAAAAUUAAUCUAAGAUAAGAAAUAAUAUAAGUGCCAUUCUCAACCAGAAGGGUAUUUAUUGUCCGUUGUCAAUAAGGCGCUAUUUUCAUAUAGCUUUAAUUUGAAAUCAACCUUAUCGACCACCGACAAUGUGUUAUCGUUUGGUUGAAAACGUCAUAAGACGAGUAUCGAUGAAUGUGGCGAAUGUUUGUAAAUAAUCUGAAUAAAGUUUAUAAAUGAAA